GCAAUGGUCCAGCUCAAAUCGCUCACGUCCGGAGAGAAUUCUCUCCAGUCAAUUCAUAAUAAGGCAGAGGUUACACAUUGAUUCACCACUAAGAGUUCUAGUAUUAGCACAAAAAGAGAAUGAAUUGUCGUGAGCUAAACGAAUGAAGGCAGUCCUUGUGGUACAGACAACACGCGACACGUCCCAUCGGAAUUGAAAUCCAUCAACAAGUGAUGAUUUAUUUAGUUUCAGAUCAGAUUUGACUCCCCGCCAACCUACCCUCAGCGCAAACCACGUCUUCCAUUCAAGGAAAACAACUUCCUGUCCCGUUCAGUCAGUCGUCAGAAGGCUGCUUAUUGGAGAUGAUGAAAUACGCAGUGGUAAUUCUCGCUGUACUUAUUCAAGGUAAACUUAUUUUCGUUCAUUUUCAAUCAAUUGUAACGCUUUCACUUGAUGAACGCAAUUUACUUACAGUUCGGUCAUUAGAAUUAUUAGCCACGUUUCUUUGUUAAAUAUGCAGCUAAACAUUUCUUUCACUUAGAAUAAAUCGGACCUCAUGAUAGCACGCGUAAGCUCCUUAAGUGAAACCUGAAGCACAGACAGUGAAAAAAUGUACAGUAUGAAAAUCAACGAUGUAGAGAAGUAUACGGGCAAGCAACAAAGCACUUACGUGUGGGCCCAAAUUCGUUGUUUACGACAUGAUGGUUGGCUUUGCAGAUUGUGUAAAACCCUAAGAUUAUCUGACAGGCAUUUGAUUUAGUAGUUGUCAUUCGCUUUAUUUUCGUAAUAUCGCGGGAUUGCUUGCAGUGAGCGUAUGACCCAUACCUUCUUCUUUUCUGACCCAUACCUAUCCUGUUUUGUUUUUAAAAUGGCGCUGCACAACUUGAUUUCGGUCAAUGACCGUUGUAUAUGGUGUCCCAAGGUGUCCCGAUAAAAGAAGUAGAGCCAAACAGUUAUAUUUGACAAAAAUAUGUAAUUCAUUUUGUAGGCAUUCAAUCCAAAAACUGCACCCGCACAAACACAAAAAAAGAUUUUUGUGUUAAGUCAUGCGAUCCUUCCCAAAACAGCCCUUGCAAAGGAAAUAGACUUUGCCUGUGCGAUGGCGACUGUGGCUUUAGCUGCGUCAAGGCAGGUGUGUACCUUAAUUGCAAUAUCGUCUUUGUCUUUUCAGCUUAUACUGCCUGUCAACUUUGUAGUUUCAUGUCGACGGGAUUGAUAGGAGUGGUUGAUUCUUAUUUAUUUUUCAAAGGAUCAAAUUCCUAACCGUGUGGUAACGGGAAGAGCGAGGAGGAAGUAAACUGUGAUCCCAUCAACGAUCUCCUGGCACUUUAAACGAAAAUUUUCUUAUUCCAUGUUUUGACUUUUUUUUAUUUUUACUACAAUUGAUUAAACAAAAUAUUUCCCUUAAUACAUCAUCCGGAUAUACUGGUAGAACAAUUAAAAAAACCUUUAUACACUUUUUUAGAACGUGCUGUAGGAUAAGUCGUUUCAGCGUGAUUCUGUAAAAACUUCCGCUUUCCUCAGAGCUACCCGGCGACACUAAAUGAAGGAAGGGGUUUAUACCCCCCUAGUAACGAAUCUAAAGAAAACAGUUUCAUCUGUAUGGAAAAUAUUUUGAAUUGAGUGUGAUUAGUCCUGAAACACUUCAUUUGGAUCAGUGUGUCCAUCCUUACCACCUCGUUGCAACAGACGAUAAGAAAAAGAUUCAGUGCUUAAAUGUUGUUUUAAAUAACAAAACUGAAUCAUUACAUGUAGUUUUGGAAUUCAAUUGAUGCAGAGACACUCUUUAUGGUGAUCAGUCUCUCCCACUUAGAGGCCACGAGUCAGUAUGCAAAAGACAAAGAAAAAACAUGACAAUGAGGUUGAUGUUUGUUUUUCCUUAUCACGCCGAAUGAAGUUGUAAUACAACUAAUAAUUAGCCCAUGGGUCUUAGCCAGAGAGAUAUGGCUUGAUAAACGGAGAAUGGAUAUUACCAAAGAACAAACGUUGUAAUAAAUUUGCACAUGUUUCUUUCUCUGUGGUAGAUCGCCGUUGCCCGACGCCUGAGAUACCAGCUAACGGACGAGUUCGUGGCAAAAACACUACCUUUGGCUCCGUUAUCAAGUAUCGAUGCUCUUCCAGUUACAAACUACAAGGGCCUAAAACAAGAACGUGCAGAGGAAAUGGGAAAUGGGACGGAGAAACGCCAAUCUGCAGUCAGUUGAACCGUAUUGUAAUGAUUCCUCUAUUUAGUGUCCUCCUCUCACACAAGCAAUUCUUCCCCCUUACAGUCAACUCUCGCCUUUCGGAUACCUUGCUAUGACGGACACCCCGAUAAUACAGACAGCAGCUAAAUCCAAGGCAAAAAUAAUUUACAGACGAUUGACUGAAAUAAACUCCCGCUACUAAGGACUCUCGGUAAUGAGAACACUAACUCGAGGUCCCAACAGUGUCCGCCAUAAAGGGAGUUGACUUUAUUCAGAAAACAAGUCACUCCGUUAUUGGACUCUGUUCUAACAAACAAACGAAGGCUUUUACAGUCAACUCUCGCCUUGCGGGCAUCUCUUUAUUACCGACACCCCGCUAAUACGGAUAGCUGCUGAAUGCCCGGCGAAAAUUUCAGACGUUUGACUGAAACAAACUCCCGCUUAAUCACAAACUCUCGCGAUUACGGACAUCAAUCAACAUCUUGCGGCAACAUUUUGGUAGAAUUAUCUCAGAUUAUAAUUUAUUUCUUCCUCUUCCUCUGUUCGUCUCUGUCACCUUGGUUGAAAAGUGAGCAUCUGUUUAACAUCAUACCUCUAUGAAACUACCGUACUUACUUGCAAAAAACAAUCAGGAUGCGCUUAAUGUAGAUAAAUUGGAAUUUUAGUACCAUAACUGUACUUUAUGGUUUCUCAUUAGUACUGUAUCUCAUGAACGCAGACGUUGUAACCAAAUCAACAAUAUCCAAGUACUUCAUACUCCAGUUUUAAAUUAAUGGUAUUACAAAAAAACUCUCUUUCAAUCAGAGGGAAGGUGUACAGACCCUGGAGACAUAUCCAACGGGAGAAAACAAGGCAAUAAUUAUGAAAGUGGACAGAAGGUGAAAUACACAUGUUCCAAAGGUUUUACAAUGCAAGGAAGCAGUACCUUGACAUGCAAGAACACAGGCAGUUGGAACCGACCUAAACCCAAAUGCGUUUGUAAGAGAACCAAUACGAAGGCUUUCAGAUACUGCAAAAAAUCCUGCAAUCCUAAGAGAAAAGAUUGCAAAAAAAACAAUGAAUGCGUGUGUGAUGGCGACUGUGGCUACAGCUGUGUUGCAAAAGGUACUCGUUGUUUCUGUACUUGAUUGUGACUUGAUUGUACAUACACAGGUACUGCUACUGUGGCGUGUUAGUCAUUAGUUCUCUUCGACAUGAUUCAAGAGAAUACUUUGCCGUUACGGUACCUGAGCAUGCGUGCCUCUAUGCUCCGUAAACCAGCCACAGCCUCGGCCCAGUUGCUCUAAGCUCAGUUAAAACUAACCCCAGAGAACCCCAGAGGAUUAAUUCACCAAUAAGCGUGCGUUUUUGUAUGCUGUUCUGCAUUUUAGUGGAUCUCUGAGUAAAGCACACCAGGGUUCAACAGUAAUUUUAGAAGCCAAUUUGCAUGUUCAAGGACAAAAGCGUUUCGUUUGAUCAUGAUAUUUAGCUUAAGCCUGAUUUAGCUUUGCGAGCACGGAUUGUACUUUUUAAGGACCGCUUCAUUUGUGUGCUUCUAGUCGGCUAUUUUAUGCUACUUGUUUAGGGAUGGUAAUUAGCUGCAUUUAACUGACUUCGCCUCUGUAGGUUUAACUUGUAGCAGACCAGUGCAAAUUGACAAUGGUAAUAGACAGUAUACCUCCACAAAGUUUUGGUCGACAGUCAAGUAUCAGUGUAACAAACCCUACACCCUUGUCGGAGCUCAAACUCGAACUUGCCGUGGAAUAAGAAGUUGGGAUGGCAUCGAACCCGUUUGCAGUGAGUAUAUGUUCACCAGCGGUUCUUUGCUGCAUGGUUUCAUAGGAUUUAAGGUCACUUAUGUAAUUAAAAACUAGCACUUUUAACUUACUUUUGUUCUGAAUAAAUAAGACAUGUGUUUUCUUGAAAAUGAAGAAAACUUGACAGUGUAAAUCAGAGCGGCUUAGGGAAGGAAAUUAAACUGAAUUGAGAUUGUGUUGAUUGUUUGCUUGUGAUUAACAUAACUUGUUAAAGCAAAACAUCACUAAGUCUUUUGAAUUGAUUUCAGCGUGAUUGUUCACUAAUUAAUAGACCAUGGGCAACGACCCGCCGGGGAGGAGGGGGGGGGGUUACCUGACUAAUAUUUAGGUAUAUGAGAGCCCCUGAGGUUUUGAAACUCUGACCCUGUUUAGGACGAAAAAAAAUUUCUAAAACACCACCCUCUUUAGGACAACGCCCUUAAUUUUACUACCCUGUUAAGGGCAAAGGACAAAAUGCACGCCGCCGUAUUGGCAAAUGCAUUACAGCAAAUUCACGUUAUAAUCAUUUCCUUUGUAUUGUAUAAAAUUGAUCCAGCAAAUGAAACCAAUCGUGCAAGCAAUACCCUGUUGACAGACUCUCACGAAAUUGCAUACCUCGGUUAGGACAGAGAGGUCAGAAACCAUACCCUGCCAGCGGCACAUCCCCGCAUAGGGCAUAUGAGGGAGAACCCCUUCCAAUCCCCCCCAUCACCACCCCUCAACACCCUCGCUCGGGGCCAACGACUCAUCACAGUGAAGCUUUGUAUAAAGCUAACCUAAACUUUACUCUAAAUGAUACACCGUGGUAAAGUAUUUCAUAUUUUUAGAAAUCAUCUGCCAAGACCCAGGAGAUAUAACACACGGGAGUAAACAAUCCUUUCGUAGAAGUUACGACGAUGUUUAUGCUACUGUGGGAGACAGAGUAGAGUAUAACUGCUAUCCAGGCUACAAAAUGGAAGGCUCUCAGCUGAACUGCGAUAAAAAUGGAAAAUGCUUUAAGCAGCUGGUCUGUAAUAAAAAUGGAAAAUGGAGCGGAUCCAAACCAAAUUGCACAGGUAGGUGGGCCUGCUAAGUGCCUCUUCAGCCGUGCGUACUUCAUGAAGUACUUUAAAAUCAGGUCAUGUGCUGACGAAAAAUGAGCAACGAGUAAUUAACAUAUACCGGCCCAAGUAUAACACGAUAUAUAUGCUGCUUUCGACCUUAAAGAUACGUUGUUUGAUAUACAUGUACAUGUAGUUCUAAAUAAGCCAAUUGUAAUAUAAAAUGUAUUUUUCAAAACUAGAAGGGGGAUGCUCGUGAUAGGCUCAACUAGCCUUUUUCCCGAUUUAAUGAGAAUAAGAAUUCGAAGUCGACUCAGAAUAGGUUUUAGGUUUCAUUUGUUUUUGCUUACAUUUGUUCUUAUGUUUUAUUUUUCGUUCCCCCCCUUGCUUUGUAAUAGUACCAACGUGUGGUCCUCCUCAACUUCCACCAAAUUCUGAGUUAUGGCGCUCUCAAAGUGGUAAAACUUCUUACAACUAUAAGGAAAGAGUGGCGAUUAAGUGUAAAAGUGGAUAUUUCAUCAGAGGCUUUGGAUAUAGAACAUGUGAUAGUUCCGGAUGGACUGGACCCAAAUUUUCUUGUUCUCGUAAGUUACAUUAUACCGUUAAAUUAAAAUAAUUUUAAAUUUUUGCAUUCAAAAACUUUUUCCUCCAUAAACCUGUUUUCGUAAGGUUAUGAAGACGGUUAUUCUCAUGUGAUUGUGGUCCGGUGAGCUUACGUCACGCAAAUUGAGGUGAUCGUUAUAUUGGAUUUGACUUGGAUUUUCAAGUAAACAAAUGAUAACCUGUUUAAUCAAGUCUUUCCUGCCUUUGAAACAGCUUAUAAAAUUAAACUAAAUUUGUGCAAAGAACAUUUCUUUGGAACAAAUAAACAGCCUUUAAAGAAUAAUUAAGGCUUCAAUUUUCUUCCACAAAUAACGUCAAACAAACAAAUCCCAAAAUAUGGGGAAGGGGGCCUCGGUUUCCUUCAAACAUUCUAUAGUGCUAUCUGUCGGAUAAAUCACUUUCCAGCAGUGUAGUAUACUAGGGAAAACAACUGCGUUAUCGACUGGGAUGUAAUAUAUCAAGCAUGAGAAGCAGUGUUUCAUCACUCGAUGAAACACUGCCGGAGAAGAGAGUUGAAAAUACAAGGCACAGUGCAGACACUCAGUGGAGUAUUUUUGACGAAUUUCUCACACUGACAGAGAUCGCUAUAAUCGCACGCGCUGGGUGAUAGCAACAUAUGUCGCAAUUCUCUACCCAUCAGAGCGUAAUAAUGUUAAAAAUUAAAGUAAGUUUAAGGAUAUGAGGUAUUAAAUCCAGGAAUUAUCAAUAACCUUAACUUUUUGUUCUGAAUGUAUAGUUGAAAAUAAAUAAAUCUGAGAAAUGGCCGGUUUGGAUUUUAACAGAAGACAAAAUAGCACCUACAAAAAUUACAACUCUGGUGAUGAAACACUGCAUCGAAUGCGUAAUAUUGCUUCUCAAACAAGAGGAUUUUAGAAGAAGAAAUUAUGGAUGCAAAAAUGAACAGUUUUUCAUCUGAUUUCCAAACACUUAUGUACCGGAAUUUUCUUAAUGAGUUUGAGAAAGUGUUAUUCAAGUUUUCAACAACUAUGGCAAUGGGGUAAAUAAUUUUGUUGAGGGCAAUGAGGUUACUUUUUUUGCUUGGGAACAAGUAGAUUUCGCUCCAAAAUCCCUCUUUAGCUUGCAGGGCCCUCGAUUUGCGAGUUGCUUUCCAGACAUUCAACGAGGAAUGACCAUAAAAUAGAGUUUUUUUUCGUAGCAAAGUGAAAUUGGAGUGGAGUAGAAAAGUCGCUUAUAUUUCACUGACGAUUAAAAUAGUUUAAGCCGGCGAACAAUAUCCACUGGACGAAAAAUUGAAUUUAAUGAUAUUUGCCUCAAAGACAAAUCUAAGACAAAUCUGAUGUCAGAUUUGUCCACCCAUCAAAUGUCCCAAAUGUGAGACAAAUCUGUUAUCACAUUUGUCUUGAGGAAAUGUGAGACAAAUGUGAUUCAAAUAUGCCAUUAUAUUUGCCCUUGUACAAAGAUAUCUUAAAACAAGACAAAUGCGAGAAAAAUAACUUUUUGACUUCUCGUUCCAGUAAAAUCGCUAUAUGAUUUUCUGGAUUGUUUAGAAACAAGGCUGUUGUUUGUCUCAUUAAUUAAUUAAUAUAUUUAUUUGGUUGUUUUUGGCGCAAUGGGUAACCCUUGUCAAGUACUCGUAGAUGCAUGUAGGUGUAGAUAUGUAGAAAUUGCAAUGAGGGAUUUUCUGGCCAGCUAUUAUUGCGCCUUACUCACACUGGAUCAAUGCUCCGAUCAACUUGCCGUACUUUAUACGCUGAUUAAAACGUUUACAGAGGCUCGUUAUAUCGAGGUUCCACUGCAUUCAAGUCAAGUCAAGUCAGAGUCAACUUUAUUUAGGCAGAGUGGCCCUAUCAGCCAUUGGCUGGUAUCAAUAGGGGCCCUGCGUAAAUUACGACUACACGAUAAAAAUAUAAAAAUUAAAAAUUACUUUAAGUGAAGUGAAUAAAAGGGAAUAAAAGGGAAAUUAAAAAUUACUUUAACUGACGUGAAUAAAAGGGAAAUUACCGUCUCUUCAUAAAAAUGACAAUUUGUUUAUAUCCAUGUAUUAAAAAGGAGUCUUUUGAAGUUUUAGCGUAUGCUAGGAAGUUACCUUCACAGCUUGAAAAAUCAAAUUUACGUGAGCGUAAUGACAACGUAAAGUCAGCGUAUAGUUGAAUUUUACACAACUUUACGCUUCCUUUACUCUACGUAAAGUUCAGCUUUACAGCACCUUUACGCGUACAUAUAAAGCUGGCGUAAUGAAACAAAAACUUUACGCAACACCUUUACGUUUUGCGUAAAGCUUGUGUAAACCCUACUUUAAGCUUGUGUAAAGCGAAAAUACAAGCUCCUUUACGCCAUAUAUAUAUACACAUAAACACACUGGAAACUUUAAAAAUAAAGGGAAAUAUAAUGGUAAUCGGUAAAUUUUUCUUACCAAACUUUUAACAAUCGAAAUUUUAUUUUUGUCCAUGUCACACAAACAUUGGAUUUUUGUUGCGUACUUAAUACCGGUUAUUUUCUUUGGUUCCCCAUCAUUUCUCCAUAGUAUUUACAAUCUGGAGCCAUGGAGGAUUACUCAUAUAUAUAUUACAAACAAUUGUAUGAGUAAUCCUCAAUUCAAGUUUCGACACAAAAUAAAAUACCCUAAUAUGUAACAACACUUCAACACACAGUUAAAGGAUUAGGCCAGAAAUUUUGUUUUUAUUCUUCAAAACUGACAACAAAAACGAAAAGUUAUAAAGCGUUGAGAACCCAAUAGACUUAUAGAAAAAUAAGAACCCAACUUCAAACUGACAUUAGUCAUCCCUACUAUUAAGUUAUAACUUGCUUUAAUGGAGUUAUAUUGUUUAACCAGUAGAUGAACUUUGAGUAAGUAGUAGUUUAAAAAAUAGGGCCCCUUUCCGUUUCCAAUUUUGCAUUACCAUAACCAAUUUUCAAAUUGCCUAUCUUUAUUUUUACAUUUCAAAUCCCAUGAAAAUCGCCAGGUAUGCUACAUUGUUGUAGCUGCAAAAGCUGCAAAUACGAAUCGCAUUCUUUAAGUUUAGUCCCGCAAAGAGUGAUAUUACAAGGUUUUAAAAAACAAAACACACUGAUUCUCUAAAACUGAAUUUUCUAAAUAUAACAUGAUUUAUUUCUGUGUUAGCAUCUUUGUCAUUACAUUAAAAAUAAAAAAAAAAAAACGAAAAUUUUUCCAACACGUAAGGUUUAAAUAAGAAGAUACAGUGUACAUAAACUUUUCAAAUGGGUCAAAACAGUCUUCUCAAAAUAUCCAAAAAAAAUCAUCUUAACUUAGUAUUAUACCAAAUUAAGAUGAUUUAUAGUUUGAAAUAACUAUUAGCAUUUACAUGUAAGGUACAGGGUGUACAAGAAAACUGAUGAAGUUAAAUUUUGAUAAAAAACAGCAACUCUAACACGCAAAUUAAUGUAAAGGUGGGUCGAAAUGGUCUCUUCCAAAAUGAAAAUAUUUAGUAUAAUUUAGCAUAAUUCAGAUUAAAAGCUUAAACAAUUUUAGAUAAGAAAUAAAAAGACUGAAAGCCUAAUACAUGUAUAACAUUGAUGGUUUCUUGAUUUAGCCCUUUCACUCCCAGAAGUGUUUACAGUCAAACUUAACAACAAAAUCCAAAUAACAAAUCAUUUUCAUAAACUGAUGAUGUAAAAGUUAGAUGCACAAGGCUGUCACUAAGAUUGCAAGUUGCAGGGUUUAAGUGAAAUUAGUGAGCGGGACAUUGAAAAUGUGGAAAGUUUCGUUUCCUCUCAAAACAGCCAAGUAUUGGGCUCAAAGUAGCCGAUUUAAAGUCUGGUUUAUGGCCCUUAGUGACAGCCCUGGAACCACUUUACAAGACUAAGGCUUGUAAUUAACAUGUAUUAAUCCUGUUUGCUUUGAGAGGACUUUCUGUCACCAACAUCCCAUACCAGGCUGAUCUGCUGAAUAAAUAGAAAGCAAGUAUUAUUUGAGUAAACUACACAGAUUAUUUGUAGGCUAGUGAUAAUACACUUAAUCACGCACUAAAGGCACAAGUACAUGUACAGUAAGGGGGUGUUUACAUGAGAAAACUCACACCGGCGCGAGUCUCAUACCGGGAUGACUUUUUGAUUUUGUAUCGGGUUUACAUUAUGACUGAGUCAUUUCAUAUCUCGUUAUUUGAAGGUACACUUUAUGUUGAUAAAAUACAAGUGUGAUACAAAAUAGCAAACAUUACGCGUGCGCUACCCAUUCCAGUCUACCGGCAGACCGAUUUCAUGCUGAAACGGGUGGUCGUUUCGCAUUUACAUGAUACUGCCAUGAGAUUUUGUACCAGAGUGAAAUUCUCGCCCUGGUACAAGAACCGGGGUGAACUCACGCUGGGGUGACUCGCGCCUGCAUGACAUUUUGUGGUGGUAUCAUGUAAACAAAUAUAGAGCUAUGAGAGGGAACCGGAGUGAACUCGCUCCGGGGCAAAAGUUGCCCCGGUGUCAUGUAAACACCUCCUAAGUUGCCAGAGGACACCGCCUGCUAUUACCAAUUAAUAAUAUUUUUUCCUACACUCAUGGCCAAAUUACUACAAUCAGCACAAUUUUACUUGACACAGGGUUCCCCACAUGCCUCUUUUCACAAACCAAGACUAAAAAUUUGAAAAAAAUGAUAAGGCAUUUUCCACAAGUGGUCUAAUAACAGUGCAAAACCUGAGUAGCAAAUGAUUUCAAUGUCCACAAAUUCACACGACUGAAUAAGAUUCAUCUGACUGUUAAAGAUUCAAAAUGUUUGACUAGUAUGAGUUAAAGGCUUUCCUUAAAGGCAAUAAUAUUUACAUUCAGAACCCUACUUGCAGUUGAGUGAAAAUCAGGGUAAAAUACUACAUGGAAACCCUAUAAUAAUAAUAAUAAUAAUAAUAAUAAUAAUAAUAAUAAUAAUAAUAAUAAUAAUAAUAAUAAUAGUAAUGAACUUUAUUAAAGUCUCAUGUCUUAUAACACAGGCACAGUGCCUUACUAGUUGGGGAGACUGAAGCAUAUAUAUAUGUUAAAUUUAUUAACAAUGGUUUAUUAUAUUAUUAGAGUUCAAUGUUUUACAAUGUAUAUCUUUUUUUAUUUUAAUGUCUGCAUUUUUAUAAAAGUAUCAUCCAUUAAUAUCGUUGUAAAGUGCUAUGAAAAACCACUGGAUGUACAUUAUUAUUAUUAUUAAAGAGUAAGCAGUGCGCAAAGAAAGUAGUGUCCGAUAGCCCGGGGCUAGUGGAUUUUGCUAUCGAGCUAGUGAAUUUUGAACUUAACUUGCCCGAUGGGCAAGUGAAGUUUUUUUGAGGAAUUCAAAUUAACGAAGAACUGUGAAAUCGAUUCUGCUCAUCAAAACGGUUUGGGGGCUAGUUGAAAUGACAUUUGGGCUAGUAUAUGCUAGCUUCAGCUUGCCCGAAUGGCAAGCUUUAAAAAUCACCUUCUUUGCACCCCGGUAAGAGAGAAAUUUUCCUAUCCACUUGUCCUUCACACAAGCAAUACAUUAAAUUUGGUUGUCCGAAACCUAGAGUUCUUGUCCAAAAAGUUUAGCUUGCAACGGGCAUUUAAUGUUUUUAAUCACAUUAUUUAAUCACAGUAUUACCCUUGUAUAUUAUUUUUGAAUGAAACCUACAACAGAGCUUGUAAAAAAGCAAAUGGAUGAAACGACUGGCAGUGGAAUGGCAAAGUUAAAUGGAAUAUUGUUUCUUAUCUUUAUUUUUCUAAUUAAAAAUGUGCUUCUCCCACGGACAAGUCAUAUCAUAGGUUUACAUGUUCGAACUAAAUUUCUACCUGUCCCGGACUAAAGUUCCAAAUCAAUAAACAUCCCUAGCCUUCUCAUGAGCUCCACCAAAGACUUUCAGGGAAAAUAUAGAAACAUAUAAGCACCUUAUUCCCAAAAGUUUCAAAUUUUCCUGAAACUUUACCUAAUAUAUUUUUUUCCUUUUUAAUAUGAAACGUUCAAGGUUCCUAGUUAAUGUAACAGGAGUGAAGCCACUUUGCUAUUUAAAGCCCUUAUUCUGAAUCUUGAAAACAAUGCCUCCUAAUAAUAAUGUACAGUGUACCCUGUAAAUAAAGCAGCCUAUUUUCUUUCCUUGCCACCAGGGACAUUUCACAAGAGAGACAGUUGUAUUUGCAGAUUAAUAAUGGUGUAUGUAGACAAGAGAAUCCAAAACAGCUAUGACUGCUAUGACUCUCUUAACAGUCUUAUCUUUCACAACUUGUUUCUUUAAAUUUUAUUUUCCUUUAAACCUAGAUUUACUGAUGAUACAACUACGGUGCAAAUAGAACAAUUUCUGGUUUCUAACAUGACUGUGUGCUUUGCUUCCCAAAAAGUAAGGCAUUCAAUUUCCUGACAGUAUGUGCUGCACUAUAUCCUCUCAAGAACCACAAUAUAAUUUCAUAGGAGCAGUGCACAAUGAAGAUUAAAAUUAAUGGUAAUAUAUGAAAUGAAUCAUACUUUGAACUGCAGAUGAAGGUAUGAAACUGUGAAGAUGUUAACAACUAUGUUGGCACUUACAUGAAAAUACAUUCUAAUUCAAUCAUGGUCUGCAUUAGCUAUGCAUUGAAAGACUCAUGAAAAUGUCUAUUCAUUCUCUGUUCAUUUAAGUUAAAACCCACGUAAUUUAAAAUCAAAAAUAAACUUUUGUAUCUGCUUCAAAAAAUACAUGCAUGCUGUUAAAUUAUUCACCACUUAUGACGCUAUGACUGCCCGGGGAAUUGGGAAGCUUGGGUUUGUUAUUGACUGACGCAUGAAAAUAUACAACCAGACUACGUAGAUUAUCUUUGCCUACUUGCAAAUUCAACACUUGUUAACACUUUUCUAUUCUGUUUAUUAGUUCUUCUAUAGUCUGUGAAAAUUUUCAUAAGAAUGUUUGUAUCACAUUACAUGUAAGCUUACUUUAUACAGAUGUCCUUUCUUAAUUCCAUUAUUUUCUUUUAGUAAUUCCCAGUACCAGUGACCAAACUCCUAUUUUCCAGUACAAAACAAGGAAAUUCUACUCCUUCAGACCCCCAAAGUCCUUACAUGAUUUUACAUUAUCAUCUUCAACGUCAUGGUCUCGUUGCUUGCUUAGUAUUGAAAGGUUAUGCCAAAUAAAUACACAUGUUUAGUUAUAAUUUACUUUAAACGGUUAAUGCUGGUUUCAUUGCUCACUGAAAUGUUAGUUACUGAGUACUUGAGACAGUCAUUCGAACUCGUCAUAAACAAGUUGGAAUUAAGCUUAAAAAGUUAGAGAAAAGGCGAGCCAGGACAACUUACCUUGCCUUACUAUCUGCUCUUUUCAGCGAGAUCUUGAGUAUCGAAGAGCCUUAGUAAUAAGUGUAAUACAGUCUUGGUCUGUGUUGUGAACAUUCCAGUGUUAAUGCUUGUGCUUCACACGAUGUUUCUGUCUCCAUUUUUGACUGAGUAUCUCGUCCCGAAAGGGUUGCUGCACACUUGAGAAGUGAUCGAUAACUAAAGGCUGAUAGUGCCAUUAUAAAUUGUAACAACCUUAAGAUGUCCUGUGAUGCUAUCAAGAAGCAUAAUAUAUGAACGAUCUCCAACCUUUCAAAGAAGCAAGUUUGAAACCGUUGGACACUUUCAAAAUGGACGCCAAAUCAACGAACCUGAUUGAGCAUGUGCAAAGGUACAAGCCCGCUGACCAGGUGUCCCUUCACUCGAUUGUUUCCAGGCCCCUUUCUUUUAACAAAUUGUCCGUUCCCAAACCUGAAGUCCGCGGACUUAAAAUAAGGAAGCGAUAAAGGAGGUUCAACGAUGAAGCCAGUACUCCGUUGAAUGUAAAAUGGUCACAGUAAUUUGUGAAUGCGUUCUUUCUCUUUAAGUAAUGCGUUCUUUCUUUAAGUAAGACUCGCCGUUUUUGCGAGGCGAUAUUUUUUCUUUAUUUUCCAAUUAUUUCAAUUUGAUCAAAUUACAGUUGAAACUCUCUACAACGGCCACCUUAGGGACAUCGAAGAAAGUGGCCAUAGUAGAGAGGUUGAAAGAAGAGUAAAUGUAUGUCAUGUAUGGACCGUCCGCCGAAAAAAAAAAACAACAAAACAAAAAUGGCCCGUGUAGAGAGGUGACCGUUAAGGAAGAAACACCUUAUACUGACUGAAAUCAAUGAGGGAAUACCACUGAGUAUUGAAGGCUAUUGUGUUUGCCGCGACAGAUAUGCCGUUUUUCGAAAAUUGCCGCACAGUCGCAACUUAUAUCUUUGCAUGAACUCUGCCAGCAGAAUUUUCUUUUCAGCGUCAUUUUUAAGCGUGUACGAAGUCGUUCGCACCACCAAAAAAAAUUUGCGUGGUUGGCUUGUUUACAUCGCACACCAACAUCGAACACCAAAUGAGUGAUCAAAAAAACUAUGCGAACUAGUAUCAGGACACAAACGACUUACUAAAAACAGUGCCGGGAAUAAAUUGCUGUUAGGAAUUAAGCUAGCAUUAUAUUACAACCUUACUAAACCUUUACUUGUAGCGUAAAUGAGCGUAAAGCUGUUACAACAACUUUAUGCUAGCUUUACGAAACCUUUAAGAGCCGAGCGCGUAAAUUUACCUUUACAAACCUUUACGCGCCGUGGAAAGUUAGCGUAAAGUUGGAUGACCAACUUUACGCAGGUUUACGCAAACUUUAAUUUUGCGUAAAUCUCCAUUUUCAUGCUGUGCUUGCGUUGCAAGUGUGAUGCUCACUAGCCUUUUUUAUUACCAAGAUUGGAAAGUUGGAUUAGAUGUAAAAGGAAAGAAUUCCUCCUCCCUUUGACUCCUUAAAACUGAUGAGUUGUCAGUGUUUUGAUCAUUAUGCUGUGCCACUGAAAAUAUGAAAGUUCAACUCUAGUAAAAAGACCAAAAUUAUUCAGCCAUAUGGUGGAGUCUUAUUUGCACUACCACCCUACACUAUAGGGUCUAAACCACAUCACCAUAUAUACCGCUAGACAUAAUGAAAGGCCAAGGGACUAGAAAAAAUGUUCUUCGUUAUUUCGGAGUCCCACUGUACAAUCACUGAACUCUUUAUGUCAUGUUUAAGCAAUAACAAAUAUAAGAUAAAUAAGUAAAUAAGUACCGUGACAAUUUUGAAAACUAUACCUUUUUUUAAUAACAUAAAGAAUACUUUAUUAAAAUCUUAUCAAAACUACACACAAAAUUUCAGUAAAAUAUUCAUAUAAAGAAACGUCCAUAUCAAUAGAGUUAUAAAAAAUCAGAUCAAAAGUCCCAGUGGAUGGCGUAAAAGCCAAUGCGCUGAUUUUAAUAAGAUAAGGUUCUGAUCCAUGAGGCGAGAUAUAAAUCUAUUGCUGUUAAUUUUCCGUACCAAUUUCCCGAUAAAAAGACCUAACUAUAGAAAAAAUAAUAAUAAUAAUACAGUGAAACCUCCAUUGAGCGGACACCUUCGGGACCUUCCCAAGCGUCCUCUUAAAAGAGGGUGUCCGCUUAACAGGGUUUGUAAAAAUUGCGUAAUGUUUAACUUUCAACGGUUACUCUGUACUGUGAUAAAGUUCCAUGUUGUUAAGGAAGCUAAGGAAGCCGUGCUGUACUUUGUGCAAG